AUGGGAGAUCUUGACGUUGACAGCAUCAUCGAGCGCUUGCUCGAAGUCAGAGGCAGCCGACCAGGGCGGCAGGUGAACUUGACGGAGUCAGAGGUGAAAGCGUUGUGUACCAAGGCUCGAGAAAUCUUCAUGAGUCAGCCUGUGCUGCUAGAGCUGGAAGCUCCGAUCAAGAUAUGCGGUGACAUCCAUGGGCAGUACUAUGACCUGCUGAGACUCUUUGAAUAUGGACUCUUUCCUCCCGAAUCGAAUUAUCUCUUCCUUGGCGACUAUGUAGACCGUGGGAAGCAGAGCCUCGAGACAAUCUGCCUCCUCCUCUCCUUCAAGAUCAAAUUCCCUGAAAACUUCUUCAUCCUGCGAGGCAACCACGAAUGUGCGUCGAUCAAUCGAAUCUAUGGCUUCUACGAUGAAUGUAAGAGAUGCAAGAGGAGGUACAACGUCAAGAUCUGGAAGACUUUUACCGACUGCUUCAACUGCCUGCCUGUGGCCGCCAUCAUCGACGAGAAGAUCUUCUGCAUGCACGGGGGACUGAGCCCUGACCUCAACAGCAUGGAGCAGAUCCGACGAAUCAUGCGGCCCACCGACGUGCCCGACACGGGGCUGCUGUGCGACCUGCUGUGGUCUGACCCCGAUGAGAAGAUCACGGGAUGGGGGGACAACGAGCGCGGCGUCUCCUUCACCUUCGGGGCUGACGUGGUGCAGAAGUUCCUCCACAAGCAUGACUUGGAUCUCAUCUGCAGAGCUCACCAGGUCGUCGAGGAUGGAUACGAGUUUUUUGCUAAGAGGCAGCUCGUCACUCUCUUCUCUGCUCCAAACUACUGCGGAGAGUUCGACAACGCCGGGGCGAUGAUGUCAGUCGACGACACUCUCAUGUGCUCCUUUCAGCAGAUCCUGAAGCCGGGGGAGAAGAAGAGCAAGUACACCUACAGCGGGAUGCAGGCGUCUCGUCCUGGGACGCCUCCGAGGAAUCCGGUGGUGAAGAAGAAGUAG